AUGGGGGAGCUCCGACCAUGCCUUCUGUUGAGGGUGGAGGGGACGGGGGAGAUGGCAGUUGAUGAUGACCGUGAUCAUGAUGGUGAGGAUAAUGAUCGUGAGGAUCAUGAUCAUAAAUGUGAUCUUGGUGUGGAUGAGAUGAAUGAUCUAUGUAUACGGAUGGCUGUGGAUGAUCGUCGUGAUCAUGAUCGUGAGGAUAAUGAUCAUGAGGAUCAUGAUCGUAAAUGUGAUCUUGGUGUGGAUGAGAUGAAUGAUCUAUGUAUACGGAUGGCUGUGGAUGAUCGUCGUGAUCAUGAUCGUGAGGAUAAUGAUCAUGAGGAUCAUGAUCGUAAAUGUGAUCUUGGUGUGGAUGAGAUGAAUGAUCUAUGUAUACGGAUGGCUGUGGAUGAUCGCGAGGAUCAUGAUCGUAAAUGUAAUCUUGGUGUGGAUGAGAUGAAUGAUCUGAGUAUACGGAUGGCGGUGGAUGAUCGUCAUGAUCGUGAGGCUCAUGAUCAUACAUGUUGCCAUGGGAAUGGCUCUGUUUUACCAUUUCUUUUGAAGGUGAUGAGGGAGUUCCAGCCAUAUUUUUUGAUAUUUCAUGUUCGUCGUGAUCGUGAUCAUGAUAGUGAGGGGAAUGUUCGUCAGGAUCGUGAUCAUGAUAAUGAGGGGAAUGUUCGUCAGGACCGUGAUCAUGAUAGUGAGGGGAAUGUUCGUCAGGACCGUGAUCAUGAUAGUGAGGGGAAUGUUCGUCAGGAUCGUGAUCAUGAUAGUGAGGGGAAUGUUCGUCAGGAUCGUGAUAAUGGUGGUGUGAAGAAUGUUCGUCAGGACCGUGAUCAUGAUAGUGAAGGGAGUGUUCGUCAGGACCGUGAUCAUGAUAGUGAGGGGAAUGUUCGUCAGGAUCGUGAUCAUGAUAAUGAGGGGAAUGUUCGUCAGGACCGUGAUCAUGAUAGUGAGGGGAAUGUUCGUCAGGAUCGUGAUCAUGAUAAUGAGGGGAAUGUUCGUCAGGACCGUGAUCAUGAUAGUGAGGGGAAUGUUCGUCAGGAUCGUGAUCAUGAUAAUGAGGGGAAUGUUCGUCAGGACCGUGAUCAUGAUAGUGAGGGGAAUGUUCGUCAGGAUCGUGAUCAUGAUAAUGAGGGGAAUGUUCGUCAGGACCGUGAUCAUGAUAGUGAGGGGAAUGUUCGUCAGGAUCGUGAUCAUGAUAAUGAGGGGAAUGUUCGUCAGGACCGUGAUCAUGAUAGUGAGGGGAAUGUUCGUCAGGAUCGUGAUCAUGAUAAUGAGGGGAAUGUUCGUCAGGACCGUGAUCAUGAUAGUGAGGGGAAUGUUCGUCAGGAUCGUGAUCAUGAUAAUGAGGGGAAUGUUCGUCAGGACCGUGAUCAUGAUAGUGAGGGGAAUGUUCGUCAGGAUCGUGAUCAUGAUAAUGAGGGGAAUGUUCGUCAGGACCGUGAUCAUGAUAGUGAGGGGAAUGUUCGUCAGGAUCGUGAUCAUGAUAAUGAGGGGAAUGUUCGUCAGGACCGUGAUCAUGAUAGUGAGGGGAAUGUUCGUCAGGAUCGUGAUCAUGAUAAUGAGGGGAAUGUUCGUCAGGACCGUGAUCAUGAUAGUGAGGGGAAUGUUCGUCAGGAUCGUGAUCAUGAUAAUGAGGGGAAUGUUCGUCAGGACCGUGAUCAUGAUAGUGAGGGGAAUGUUCGUCAGGAUCGUGAUCAUGAUAAUGAGGGGAAUGUUCGUCAGGACCGUGAUCAUGAUAGUGAGGGGAAUGUUCGUCAGGAUCGUGAUCAUGAUAAUGAGGGGAAUGUUCGUCAGGACCGUGACCAUGAUAGUGUGGGGAAUAUAUUCAUCAUCUUCAGGAGGUUGGUCUGCGGACGAAACAGUCUGUUCGGGUUUGCCUUCUAA